AUGACUUCGGUUUUGAACAACGCAGUGACCGCAGGGUCGACUUUCAGCGAAACUCUGGCUAAUGUCACUGGCUACGCUCCAGAUUUGAAUAUUGUUGAGAAGCUGUGGGCUUCAUACUAUGUUUAUAUGGCCAAUGAUAUUCUGGCUACCGGGUUGAUGUUAUUCAUAGUUCAUGAAGUGCUAUACUUCGGUAGAAGUUUGCCUUGGAUCAUCAUCGACUGUAUUCCUUAUUUCCGUAAAUACAAGAUCCAGGAUACCAAGGAGCCUGAUUUUAAGGAACAGUGGGCCUGUAUGAAGUCUGUUCUUCUCUCUCAUUUCAUGGUUGAAGCGUUACCAAUCUGGGGUUUCCAUCCUAUCUGUGAUUAUUUGGGUAUUCAAAUCGACGUUCCCUUUCCUGAUCUCAAGACCAUGGCCCUACAUAUCGCCGUCUUCUUUGUAUUCGAGGAUGCUUGGCACUAUUGGAUGCAUAGAGGUUUGCACUACGGACCUUUUUACAAGUAUAUUCAUAAACAGCACCACAGAUAUGCCGCUCCAUUCGGUAUGGCUGCUGAGUAUGCUCAUCCUAUCGAGGUAGCUCUUUUAGGUGUGGGAACUGUGGGCAUUCCUAUUUUCUGGGUUAUUGCCACAAAGAAUUUACACAUGUUUACCGUAUAUGUAUGGGUCACCCUUCGACUCUUCCAAGCUAUUGAUGCCCACUCGGGAUAUGAAUUCCCAUGGUCUCUACAUCAUUUCCUCCCUUUUUGGGCUGGUGCUGACCAUCACGAUGACCACCAUAGAUAUUUCUUGGGCAACUAUGCAUCUUCUUUCAGGUGGUGGGAUGCUCUUCUUAGCACCCAUCCUAAGACCCAACGCCCAAAGUCGGGACAAAAGGAAAAGGCUAACUAA